GGAGGAGUGAGCAGGAGUAGCCCUGCGGUCACCGACCGUCUUUGUGCCUACAAACCUCCACAGCAUCAGGACCACAGCAGCCCCCGCGACCCGGCUGAGCGGCGGAGGAGGAUGGAGGAACCGGGGGAGACGCUCCCGUGAGGGUGCAGGGGGAUGGCAGAAACCAAAGCGCCAAACAGAAUAAAGGAAAAAAGGGCGUCAACCGUGAUCGCUGGAUCAGAUCACCGUGGAGCCGCUGCAGACAUGUCCGCCGGAGCGCAGCCCCCCUCCGGCCCCGCGGAGCAGGACAUCAGCGCGGAGAACUGCUACGAACUCCUGGCCAGAGCCAAGCGGGACGGCGCGGACGCGGAGAAGGAGCGGCUGUACGGGUACAUGAGCGCACACUUCCUGCAGGUGCUGCGCAACCCCGCCGUGUACGGCCGGCUGACGGCGGGGGAGCGGGAGCUGAUCCUGGCGCGGAGGAUGGAGGGCAGGGAGGUGCUGGCGGUGGCGGAGACCUGGGAGGAGCAGGAGCGCGGCCGGGGCCACGGGGACGCCCGGGCGCAGGACGGGGCGCAGGACGCGCGGCGCGUCCUCCAGCUCCGGCCGGACCCGCCGCGCUGGGAGCCGCUCACCCAGCUGCCGGCGGGGGUCCCGGCCCGGGGCUCCGGCAUGGCCACCCUCUACAACUACCUGUUCGUGGCCGGAGGCGUCACCACGCAGCCGGACGGCAGCUCGCGCGCCUCCGACCAGGUGUUCUGCUUCAACCCGCUGACGGGCGCGUGGAGCCGCGCCCGCGCGCUGACACAGCCGCGGUGCCAGCUGCGGCUGGUGUCGCUGGACGGACACCUGUACGCCAUCGGCGGGGAGUGCCUGUUCUCCGUGGAGCGCUACGACCCGCGGGCGGACCGCUGGCGGCAGGUGGCCCCGCUGCCCAAGGGCUCGCUGGCCGUGGCCCACGAGGCCGCCGCCUGCGGGGGGGGCCUGUUCGUGUCCGGGGGGUCGCUCUUCUACCGCCUGCUGCGCUACGACCCCCGCAGGGACGACUGGGAGGAGUGUCCGUUCACGGAGAGCCGCCGCCGCGCCGCCGGCAUGGUGGCGCGCCGCGGCGUCGUGUACCGCUUCGACGUGGACCGGGAGCGGGCGGAGGUGAGCGUGGACAGGUACAACACGGUGGUGAAGGUGUGGCUGGGCGGCGCCAGCUUCCCGCUGACCAUGGAGAACCAGCAGCCGUUCCGCUGCGCGUUGCUAGGCGACCGCGUCUACUGCGUCAGCCGCAGCCACGUGCUGCAGUUCGAGCUGCGCGAGGAGCGCGAGGGCUUCCUGCCCGAGGUGCUGCCCGCCCCCGGGGGGGCCAGGGGGGCCCUGGAGCCCUUCGUGCUCACCGUCAACUAGGGAUGGGCGGUAUGGACUAAAACAUGUAUCACCAUCAUUUCUGGCAUUUAUCCCCAUAACGAUAAAAAUUACGAUAA